UGUGAAUGUAGGGGUGAUAAUAGAUUCAAGUUUGUGGGCAGGAAAGAUAGCAAAGAGUGCUAUGGAGUUAGCAGUAGAUUAUGUGAACAAUCAAUCUGAAAUACUCAAGGGCGCUGAAUUGUGUCUUCACCUGCAAGAGGCACAGACAUCACUUGAAGGCUCUUCUGCUGCUGUUGAUCUUCUGGCCAACGAGGAAGUAGUGGCAUUAAUAGAAGCACAAGCAUCCAAGACUGAGCCUCUUUUAUCAGAUCUUGGAGAGGCAGCCAAUGUUCCAAUUCUGUCACUCUCUGUCACAAGUCCUGCCCACUGCAACCAGAGAUUCCCUUAUUUUGUUCGCAUGGCACACACUGAUAGCUUUCAGAUGAAAGCCGUGGCAGCCCUGGUUAACAAUUACGGCUGGAGAAGCAUUGCAUUUCUUCACUCAGACAAUCAUUUCGAUUCAGGUUCCAUGCCCUCCUUGCGGGAUGCCCUUCGAGAUCUCGACUCUGAAAUUGCAUACACCUCAAUAAUUCCUUCAACUGCACAGAAACAAACAAUAAGGGAAGAGCUUCAUAAACUCAAGUCAAUAGAAUCAAGAGUUUAUGUUGUCCACACGCCUUUUGAUCUGGGCAUGAAUCUAAUCAUGGAGGCCCAGGAGAUGGGAAUGAUGGAGUCUGGUUAUGUGUGGAUAAUAACCCAAGGAUUUACCAGUCUUUGGGAUUAUGCACUAAGUGUUUCCACAAUGUCAUCUAUGCAAGGGCUCCUUGGGAUUAAAACACAUAUUCCAGAUUCUAAAAAGCUGAAUGAUUUCACUCAAAGGUGGGAACAACAAUUUAGACUUGACAAUCCCAACACAAAAAACAUUGAGCUGAAUGCAUAUGGUUUAUUGGCCUAUGAUACGGUGCUCAUGAUAGCUCAAGCGAUUGGAAAGAUGGAAAGAAAUUCAAGUUUAAGUUUUAUGACACCCUCAACCAGUCUUGAAAUAAUAGCAAAUACUAAAAUCAAGGUAUUCCAGCAAGGUAAGAAGUUGUUGCAGGAGAUUUUCUCAACAAAUUUUGAUGGUUUAAGCGGGCCUGUUAAGUUCCAUGAUGGGGAAAUGGUUGGGUGUGGUUAUGAGGUAGUGAAUGUGGUGGGCAAAAGCUAUCAAAUAGUUGGUUAUUGGCCAUUUAAUUCGUCAAAGUUGUUCAAAACUCCAUCUUUUAGUGACGAGGGGCUUCGAUCCAUGAUUUGGCCAGGUGGGUCUGUCACGGUUCCUCGCGGUUGGGCAAUACCAACUAGGCUGAAGAUCGCAGUUCCUAGAAAGUCUGGUUGGGAGGAAUUUGUGUGUGUUUCGUUGGAUCCAAGUAAUAAAACUAUUGUCAGUGGGUUCUCCAUUGAUGUAUUCCGUGCUGUUGUGAGUAUUGUUGAGCCCCAACUGCAGUUUGAUUUCAUCCCGUACCCUGAGAUCAGCAUUAAUGCCGAUGAUUAUUCCUAUGAAGAACUCGUCAACCAGGUGUAUCUCAAGAACUACGAUGGAGUUGUGGGCGAUGUUACAAUUACAGCAAGUCGAAGUGAAAGUGUGGAUUUCACACAACCAUACACAGAAACAGGUUUGGUGAUGGUGUCUCCCACUGUCAUAAAGGAGGAAGCUGACAAUGCUUGGACAUUCCUACAACCAUUUAAUCCAACGUUGUGGGCUACAACGAUGGUGUUUCUUAUAUAUACAGGACUAGUGGUGUGGCUCCUCGAGCAUAAAAUGAAUCCUGACUUCAGGGGAAGUCCCCUCUAUCAAGUGGUCACUAUAUUUUGGUAUCACAUUGAUCCUUGUUUUCUUGCUUCUUUCUUUUAUUUCUUCAUAUUUAUAUUUAAUUUGGAAUAUAACCUAAAUUAUUUUCAAUUCUUCUAGGUUUGCAUU